AACCGGUUUUGGUGGCUUGCUAUUGGACGCCGACUCACUGGCCAGACUCACUGUACCCCUUGUGUAACACAGUAGAGAGUUACACAAGACACGCGGACGUCGUACGCACCACAGAGCGAGCUUCUAGAAUAUACUUGUACAGUCGACUGAAAGACUUACACGCCUGACGCAUCAGCAGUGAUGGAGACCGAAGAGCAGACGCCGCUGCUGCGGAGAGACUCCGCCGCGUCCUCCGCCUCCGUGCCCGCCGUGCCGCGGCGCCCUUGGAGACAGCUGCUGAUGAACGGCUCGAUCCUGCUCGGGCGGGAGUUCUGCUACGCUCUGGAGGCCGCCCUCGUGCUGCCCGUGCUCAUGACUAUCGGCAUGCCCAGGGAGCUGUACAGCAUCGUGUGGCUGAUUCCGCCAGUCUUCGGGUUCAUCUUCGUACCCUUGAUCGGCUCGGUGAGCGACCACUGCCGCUGCCGCUGGGGCCGCCGCCGCCCCUUCAUCCUGGCCCUCGGUCUCACCAUCAUUCUGGGAUUCGCGCUCUUCCUGAACGGGGAUUUCCUCGUAAAGCUCAUAGCAGGAGACGUCGUCAGCACUAGCCCCAAGAGAGCCGACCGUGAGACCAUGCGCACUGCGAUGCUGGCUGUCAGCAUGUUUGGAGCCAUGUUGUUUGACUUCGCCGCAGACUUCAUAGAGAGCCCGAUCAAGGCUUACCUACUGGACAACUGUGUUGAGAGCGAUCGGAGGAGGGGCCUGGACAUGCAAGGAGUGCUCUCAGGUUUGGGUGGCUUCCUUGGCUAUGCGACGGGUGCAAUCGACUGGAUAAAGCUUGGUAUCCCCCCAGGGACAGAAUAUCACCUGAUAUUCGGCAUCUCGUGCUUCGUUUUCUGCAUCUGCCUGCUGCUGAACCUCUGCAGCAUACGGGAGGUGCCGCUGGACGAGCUGAGGGAGAACAAUCUGGAGAAUAAAGGUGACUGCUUUGGUGAACUGUGCCCUAAAGACGGCAGACGAGAGCCAGCGAUGCAGCAGGGCCCAUCAGCCGUCAUUGCAGUGGACCCGAAGUUCGGCGUGAUGUACAUGAGCGAUGAUCCGGAUGUGCUUCCUGACGUCAUAUCCUGUGACGAUGGGCUUCAGAAGGUGCUGGUGACCACCGUGUUCGGAGGGGGAGAUCAAUCGGACGACGGGUACGGCAGCAUCGCACAUUCGGAGGAGGGUAAAAGUGACACAGAGGAAGACUCGGACAACACGCAACUGGCACAGCGGCUCUCCAUCACCGCCUACCUCAGAUCAAUCCUCCGGAUGCCCAAGGAACUGGCCUGCUUGUGUGUGUCCAACUUCCUCGGCUGGGCAGCCUUCCUGUGCGUCAUGUUGUUCUUCACCGACUUCAUGGGGCGGGGUGUGUACAGAGGGAACCCGAGCGCAGCACUGGACAGUCCCGACAGGAACCUGUACGAACAAGGCGUGAUGAUCGGCUGCUGGGGACUGACCAUCAACGCCGCGUCAUGUGCUCUCUACUCAAUGUCUUUGGGACGAAUCCUCGACCACGUGUCGUACAGGACCAUGUACAUCUUCGGCUACUUGGCCUUCGCCUCAGGGAUCGGCAGUAUGGCCAUCAUCGCGCAGCUGACGGAGGCGCGCUGGGAGAUCAUCUUCCUGUGUCCGGUCAUGGGGAUCAUGUACGGUACCCUCAACAACAUCCCGUACAAACUCAUCUCCCGAUACCACACGAGUGAAACGUACAUUCGGUGCGGUGUGGACGGGUCGGAGCGCCGCGGCAUGGGGAUCGACUGCGCGCUGGUGUCCUCGCAAAACCAGCUGUCUCAGAUCGUCAUCGGUGCCAGUCUGGGUUCCAUCGUGGCCGCCGUGGGCAGCGUGGUCUCCGUGACGGUGUGCUCCAGCGUGCUGGCCUUCACCGCCUGCAUCGCCGCCGCCUUACUGGUGCACUACGAUGUGGACAGUCGCGAGGAAGGACAACCAGACUGGGAGGACGUGCUGUCCAGUAUGUGAGCUAAUGUUUGAGAGUAUGCCUUGAAUGUUGUCUACCUGUACCGGUAAAUGUCUACCGGUAAAUGUAUCUUUCCUUUUGAAUCAGGAACUGCCCUGUUUUCAUUCACCAUGUGUAACGAUACAUGCAGAAUACAUUUUAUGUAGAAUAUUUGAAAAUUUAGAGCAGAAGAAGAGAUUAAACAGAACGAAUCUCUGGUGCAAAUAAAAAUCAGUUA